AAACAGAAGAGUAAAAAUAAAGUUAAAUCAAAAGAUUCAAAUCGCAAAGGUAUUAACAAAGACUCAUCUGAAAUGAAUGUAUCUGUUAAGCAAACACACGAUAGUACCUCUUUAAUUAAAACCAAAACAUCUCAAGACGUUUCAUCAAAAAAUAGUGAUCCUGAAGAAUCCAAUAAACAUCAAAAAGAUGUCAAAGACAAAGACAAUUAUGAAUCAAAAAGGGAACAAAACAUUUCGAGUAAUGAAACUGUAGAAGUCAGCAACACUACUCUAAGAGAGGUCAAGGAACAAAGUCUCUCUAGUGUAGGCCAGCUUUUGCAAAUAAAUAGCAAAGAUACAUCACGGAAAAGUACAAGUAUAUCAGAUAAUAUUAUAAAUGAUGCAAAUGAAAUAGAUCAAGAAACAAUGUUUUCUGCUGUUACUCUAAAAAAUAAUGAAAAUGAUGUUGUCUCAGGUCUUUCCAAAACAUGUAAAGAUUUAAACUCAUGUUUGGAAACUUUGAAUUUAAUUUCAGCCACAACAAUACCUGCUAUGAAAUCUACUUUUCCUCUUAAAUAUUCAUACUCUGAUGAUCAGUGGAGCCCGAUAAAUACCAGCGGAAAAAAAGUUUAUGAUAGAGAUUUCCUAAUGAAACUGCAAGACGAUCCUAACAGUAAAGUAAAACCUAGGAAUCUACCGGAUCUAGAUGUUGUACUAAAAGAAAUUACCAAAAAUCGUAACUCUGUAGAUCAAAAAUCAAAAGAAGUUUACCCCAAUCGCCAUGAGGCACUUUUUCCAGGAUUUGCUAAGACUUCCAUAAGUGCCAAAGUUCUACCUCCAGCCAAAAAAAGUCAUUCAGGAAAAAUAAAAGUAGCCAAGCCUAGUGUGAUUCAUGUAUCUCUUUCUUUACGUGAAGAUGUAAAAUUGAGAGAGACUGAAAAUGCAUGGAAACCCACAAGACUUAUGCCGACAUCAGUCUCCAAGGAACUAAGUAGAACUGAAGCUCUUUACAAAAGAGUUCGCAGUGUUCUUAACAAAUUAACUCCACAAAAGUUCGAUACUUUAGUUAAUCAAGUUCGUGAAUUACAAAUAGACACUCAAGAAAGAUUGCAGGGAGUUAUUGAUUUGGUUUUUGAAAAAGCAGUAGAUGAGCCAAACUUUUCUAAAGCAUACGCAUUAAUGUGUAAAGAAUUAGCUAACAUGCAGGUUACGAAUGGUGACUCGAAAGAUACUAACUUUAGGAAGCUCAUUCUUACACGUUGUCAAACUGAGUUUGAAAAAGAUAACAUUUACGAAAAUAUUCACAGUGAAAAACUUCGAGAAAUUAACGAAUGCUUAGAUCCAGAUAAAAAACAAGAAUUGCAAAUAAAUUUAGAAGAAGAAAAACGAAAAAUGCGUAUUAAGUCUGUUGGAAACAUCAUAUUUGUUGGUGAACUUUUUAAGCAAAAUAUGCUCACUUGUAAAAUUAUGCACCAAUGUAUUCAGCAUUUGUUGCUCCAACAUGACGAAGAAAAUCUUGAAAGCUUGUGUAAAUUGUUAACGACGAUUGGUAAAGCUUUAGAAUCUAAAGGUAACGACCUUUCUGGUCCCUUUAAACAAAUGCAACAAAUAGCCGAUUCGAAGGGUACAGUUAGUUCUCGAAUUCGGUUUAUGUUACGAGAUGUGAUAGAUUUAAGAAUUAAUAAGUGGAUACCACGAAGAGAUGAUAGUAACCCGAAAACAAUAGAUCAAAUUCAAAAAGAAGCGGAAUCUGAACGGUUGGAUGUGCAGUUGAAUUAUGCACCAUCAAAUACUCCAAGAAAAGAUGACCGCGUUAACGAAAGAAAACGAAAUCGUGGAGGAUUGGGGACAAUUGAAGAUGGCUGGAGUCACAUAGUGGGUAGACCAAGAUCAGUUUACUCAGUGGAGCCCGCUAAAUUGCAAAACAAACCACCUCCUAUGGAUGCUGUGCAACUUGGACGCAGAUCCAACUAUCAAUGGGGUAAUAAUAAUCCCGAAAUGACGACUCCUAACAAGUUUUCUCCAUUAAUUAAUGUCACAGCAGAGUCGGAUAAGAAAAUCACUACGCAUCUACCUGGAUCUGGAUCCAAAUUGACUAGUUCUAAAGAUUCUGGCCGUGGUGAUUCUACUCCUGAUCACGGUCUCUUCAGUUUUGGGAACAAAAAAGAGUCACAUGGAGCCAAAUCUGAUGAACAUGGUGACUAA